GGGCAUUCUGGAUAGUCAGGGAAGGUACAUUAGUUAACAACAAAAAAAAACAAAAACUGAAGACCAAAGCAAAGUGUAAUUAAAUACUUUUUUGAUUGUCACUAUCUUGACCAUGUGCUCUACCUCUUCUGUUAAACGACGAACCACAAUGCCCAAAUCAAAGUCAUCAUCACACUGGGCACACGAAUCUGUUAGUAAAUAGGAAGGUAACAGUAGAAAUGAUUACAAGCAAUUAUGUAAAACAUUUGAUGCAGAUUUUCACCUAUAUUGUGGUGUGCUGAGCUUGCCAUCGUGUAUAGGCACAAGUUAACUUCACUGGAAAAGAUAAAUGCAGUUCCUCCUGCCCUUGGAUACUCUUUACAACAAGUGCUUGUUGCAAGAGGGAAGCGCUAUCGGUGACGACGGGUACAAAUAUUUUCGACGUUUCGAGGCAAAAGUGGGUAAAAUUUGAAAAUCACCUACUCACACAUUUCACACUUACUCACACCUACACUCGUUUCCCGCUCUCGCUCCGCGCCUCUCCUUUUACGUUGGCAACUGCUGUAGAGAGGAUGGUGCACCUGUGCUGCGAGAGCGGCAGCUGUUUGUUAUUGUUUUUGUUUCUGUGUUUACGCCCUUUAGCGCAUGUGAUCCCUGUCUUCCACGGGUUUUCUGUCGUUAUUGUGCCGCGACAGUCCACAAGCAUGUCGAUUCCACUGUUUCCCAGCUUGAGACCGAAUAUUUCCAGCCCUUUCUGGCUUGACAUAGACCCUCCGAUUGAUGAGGAGGCCGAAAUCUUGGAACUGGAACGAGGACAACAAGACUGGAAAGUGAGCCUUGGGCGAGUCUUUACUAAUGUCCUACCGAUUGGUAAAACAAACCAUGAUGUAGACGAAGAGGACUUGGACGACCUUGCCGAUGAGGAGGAUGACACAACAAGCAGUGAUGACAUGGAAGAUGAUGACGGCGCAGAUGUGUAUCAGCUUCAGGAAUCUGAGGCUACUAUGCAAGCUCCCUCUCCUCCAGAAAUUACAGAUGUGCCAGCUUUGACUUACUCUGAUGUGGAAACUCUUCCUGCUAAUUCAAUAGAGGCACCCAUCAUGGAGACUUCAGACAGGCCUGAGAUGCAGACUGACAGUAGUAGUGCGCAUGAAUCUGGUUCUUCGCCUCCCACAAAUGGACGACCUUCUCGUAUGAUUGUAGGCAGGCUCAUUCCUGCUCCUCGUCCUGGGACGUCUCAGCAAGGAGCCCGAGCCGCUUUCAUCGACACUGCAGGCCGGCCUGUAUACAGUGGUCGGACCAGCACUGGCUCUGUUUCGCCCACCAGUCGAGCUUACAUUCAAGCUGCCCUGCACUCUCCUACUGGAUCAGUACAUCUCGACAUACCUGAUGGUGAUGAUGACACAGAUGAUGAAGUUCCAGACAGAGGAGCUCCUACCCAUCAAGCUCUUCAGGAAGGACGCUCCUCACAAUCGCCCCUGUAUGAACAAAUGUUAGCAGCAGGACAAAGUAUUCAUCCUUCAGAAUCCAGCACCCAAAUAGACAAUCUAAUUGAAACAAUGCAUCAAGCCCAAAGAGCGCAUGCAGCAGGAGUUACAUCUCCUGUGGAGCGAACCACGGCUCUUGCAGAGGCAGGUUUUUCUAAUGUUGGUGGUUUGAACCAAAGCUCCGAUGAAGAUGUCACCGCACCUUCUGAUGAAAAUUUAUAAUUGCUUGCAGCUCCAAAUGUGACAGCAUUUCUUCCAAGUGAAGAAAUCAAUUUACAAUUUGACUCAAAAAUGUGUUUGUUUGUUCUCUUUUAUUUAUUUGUACUGUCUUACUGUGAUUUGCUUUGCCCUUGAAUAAUUUACAUUGUGAUAUGAUGUGAUUUUUUUCUCCUUGUGUUUUCAUAACAACAAGAAUACACCCAGAAGUUUUCCAAGUGAACAAGAAUUACUAUAAAUUUGCAUGAGUAAAUUUUGCACUCAUGUAACUUGUCCUCUCUGUGUUUGACAGUACUGCAUACUUACAAAACUUCAUGGUUUUUUUCUUUCUUUUUCUUGGGGUAGGUAUUAUUUUUGUCAUAUGUUCUAAUGGGUCACCUUUGUACUGUUUUGACAAAUAUUUUAGCCACCCUAAGGGUUUGUGUUGGCUGCAAAUACACUAUUCCUCCAAAGAAAUGAGUAGAUUUAAGAUGCUUCAUACUUUACUGUAGUUGUCCCAGGUUUUCAGUUUGCAAGAUAUAAAAUAUUGUCAGUCCUCCUUCAUCACAUUUAAUGUUUAGUUCUAGUUUUUUUGUUUAUAAACUGUGCAUUAGUACAAAACAAAGUUAUUCAAAGAAAACUUGACUUACUGGAUAAAUUCCUGCCUCAUAAUUUCUAGGGUAGUGCUAGAGUUGAUAAAAGUUUAUCACUAUAUUUUUUAUAACUUUUGUAAGUUUAAACUGCUCUAUAGUUGUAAAAGAAGAAUGUUUCUGUUUACAUACCUUUAAUGUGCUUUGGGUAUUUAUUAUCAUUGUCUCAGAGCAAUAUAGGAGGUAUUUGAUAUCUAGUCGCAUGCUUUUUAUUAUUUGAAUCUUAGUGACACCUGUUAAUGUUUGGCUUUGUUGUGAUUCUGUGAUUCCAGAAUACUUGUUUUAUUUUUCAAUAGUUUAUCAUUCUCAAAAUCAAUUCUUAUGUGUCUUUGGUUGUACUUUCUGAGAUAUAUAAAUAAAUGGAAAGGAUUGUUAAAAAAAUGUUCUGAAGAAAAGAAAGAACUUAAUAUUGGAGUUGUUUCUGUUUUUGUUUUAUCACAUUUUUGUGUUGAAUUUUCACUGUCCUCUCUGAUCUGAACUAUUUAAUUUUUAUUAAGACUCUAAAGCUGAAAACUUAUCUCAGGUUCUUAUACUUGUCGCAGAAAACGCGUCAUUGAAACAUGCUCACUGUAUUGUUAGCUUUUAUCAAUAAACCAAUGACUGCUA